AUGGUUAAAAACAGCAUACGAUUACGACCUGGUCUCGCUCAUACAAUAACGUAUCGAAAAAGUCAAACCGUUUUUCUUCCUAAACCUUAUACGAAUUGUACAACUGAAGUUGGACGUAAUUUGCGUCAUAUCUACGAGGUUAUCUUCGACCCACAUUUGGCUCGUCAAGUUGCCUAUUCCGAAGCUUUAUGUUACGAAUUGUGUGAACAAGCUUAUAUUUUCUCCCAAUGUUCCUGCAUUUUGCCUAUUCCAUUUCUUAUGCGAUAUGUCUUUUCGUUGGAUCAUGAUCAACUUCUAAUCGCCAAUUCUUGUAUUCCGACUACGUUGGAGGAAAACUGUGCAUUAACAGCACGGCAGAUGAUAGCCUUAAAUGCAUCUCUCAUGGCUACUUGGUGUUCCCGAUGUGCUCCACAAUGUAAACACACACAAUUUCCGAUCGAUCUUAGUGCAUUACCAGCGCCGACGGCGCAACAAAAAGCAUCAUGGAAAAACGAUUUGCUAAAAAACCAUUUCAAUAUGUCCUUGCCGCAUGAUUUUGCUGCAAAUUAUGAUGCCUACAUGGACGCCAGUUAUUUACGAGUGACUGUAACAUGUGCUAGUCCAUAUGUAACAACACAUAAACAACAGGCUAAACUAACGCUCAUUGAUACAUUUUCGGCUAUCGGAGGUCAAACUGGACUGUAA